GAGCUUUCUGCCCUCUGCCUGCAGCUGCCCCAGCUCCUUUCAGUUUCAUUUUCCUCCUUGCUGGCUACUUGUGCAGCCCCACCCGCAGCACCCCGCAUAGGGCAGGGGCUUGGGGGGUCCCUCUGCACCAGCAUCCCCCCAAAAAAGCUGUGUCUGCCCGGGCUGGAGUACAGAACCCCUUGUCCAAGCAGCCCAGGCUGGUACCUGCUCCGAUGUCCCGGGAAGGGCAGUGCCCGCGUCACCCCAGCACCCCCCUGAUCCCCCGGGCCCGGGGAGGACGGGCACGAUGUACCGUGUACCUCCUGCUGUCGCUGUGUGUCACAGCCCUGUGCCUCGCCGGGCUGUCCCCGCUGCCCACUGCCCGCACCCUCCUCUCCCACUUUGUCACCCUGCACGUCGGGGUGCUGCUCAAGGCCAUCUGUCACCUGGCUGAGGAGAUCUUCCACAUCCACUCCAGGUACCACGGCAGCUUCCAGAGGGUCCUGAGUGCCUGCUUCCCCCUGCCCUGGCACGGCCUCGUGCUGCUCAGCUGUGGCUCAGCCUACGUGGCUCUGCUGGAUGGGGAUGGACAACCCCUCAGCCUCCACCUGGGCCUGGCCAGCCUCUGCCACCUCCUCAGCCUCGCCCUGGGGCUCGACAAGCCCUCAGCUGUGGAGGUGUCUGAGCUGGCUGAGAGGUCCCAGCAGAACGUUGCUCAUGGUCUGGCCUGGUCCUAUUAUGUUGGGUACCUAAAAAUAGUCCUGCCACGAGUGAAAAAGUCUCUGGAGGAAUUCAGCAGAGCCAACCCCAACGUGCUGACCUACAAGGAGACCUGGAAGCUUCACAUCUUGGUCCCUCUGAGCUGUGAGGUCUAUGAUGACCUGGAGAAAGCUGACAGCAAUAUCCAGUACCUGACAGACCUCCCCGAAAUCACCCUGACCAGAGCUGGAAUCAAAAAAAGGGUCUACAGGCACAGUCUGUACACCAUCAGGGAUGAAGACAAGGUCUGGCUCUGUGCUGUGGAGUUUGCCACCUCCCUGCAGUCCCUCUAUGCCAUGUCCCAGGAGGAGGGUGCUGCCUUCAGCCGGGAGCAGCGCCUGGAGCAGACCAAGCUCUUCUACAGGAGCCUGGAGGAGAUCCUGAGGGGUUCCAAGGAAUGUGCGGGCACCUACAGGCUGAUUGCCUACGAGGAGUCAGGCGAAGCCGAGAGCCACUUCUUGUCCCGGGAAAUCCUCUGGCACCUCCGGCAGGAGCGGGAUGAGGAGUACGAUGUGUCCGAGGGGAGGGAGCAGCACAGCCCAUCCACCACCUUCAGCUCGGCAGAGCUCAACCUCCAGCUCAGUGUCUCGGACAGACCCCAACCCCUGCGAAGCGACCACUUCUAAAGCCCCGAGCCCGCCCCUCACCGCAGCCUCGGGGCUCCACCCCCCCUUUCCCAAACCCUCUCUUCCCAGCAGGAAUUGCCCACCAAAAACCUCUGGCAUCAAGCUGGAGUCCUGGGAAAGGCUUCCCGGUUCCUGUGGUGUGUAGAUCUGAUAUAAACCCACAUUUGU